AUGGCUAGCAACAAGUUUGCAACCAUGCUUCACAGAAACAGCAAUAAGAUCACCCUUAUUCUAGUCUAUGCAAUCCUUGAAUGGAUUCUGAUCAUUCUCCUCCUCCUAAAUUCUCUGUUUUCUUAUUUAAUUAUCAAAUUUGCUGAUUACUUUGGCCUUAAAAGACCCUGUCUCUGGUGUUCUAGGCUUGAUCAUUUCUUUGAACCUACAAAUUUCCAGAAUUCUUAUAGAUCUCUCGUGUGUGAUGAUCAUGCUAAAGAGAUUUCCAAACUGGGCUAUUGUUCAAGUCAUAGAAAACUAGCUGAAUCGCAAGAUAUGUGCGAGGAUUGCUCAUCCUCAUCGCAUGGUGAAUCGUUAAGCAAGUUUGCCUUCUUUCCUUGGAUGAAGCAACUUGGAGUCCUUCAAGAUUUUGAGGGUGAUAAGGUAAGCGAAAAUGGUGAGGAGGAUUUGAAGUGUUCUUGUUGUGGUGUUUGUUUGGACACAAAACUAUAUUGUGAUGAUUAUUAUCUAAUUAAGCCUUCUUGGGGUGAUUCGGAUGUUACCCAGAAAAAAAAUUUCGUUUCAGAACAUCAGGUUGAUGAUAAAGUUGAUGUAGAUGAUCAUUCUGAUAGAGAAAGAUCAGAUUUUGUGAGUGAUGUAUGUGAAGGAGAACAGGGGAUUAGUGAAAACAGGGGAAUUGAGAUUGGAAACAGAGAAGAGGAAGUGGAGCAGAAUUGUUCAGGCUCUGUUUCUAAUUUUGAUUGCAAGGAAGUGGUUGCCGAUGAUGGUGAACAAGAGGAUAUGUCUAUGGAGAAAGAGGAAGAACCAGUCAAGAAGGAUGGUUUGAAUGUGCAAAUGGAUAAUCCAACUUGUGAUCAGCCUGUUAUGGUUCAAGAGGAUAGCAGUAAAGACAUGACUACUGAAAUUCAUCCUCAGCAUCUAGAGUUUUACAUUGAUCAAGAUGAUUGCCACUUGAUUCCAAUUGAACUCAUGGAUUCGAAUACAACGGAGAAACAAAGUCCAGAGAGGCACGAGAAGGGAGUGGAGGAAAAUAGUGGUAAUGAAGAUUUUGUUUUGGAGUUUGAUGAGCAAGUUGAAACACAAUAUGAAUUGGUUGUGGAGGAUGGGGGCAAUUUAGAAGAGGAAGUGCCAUUGCUUUCAGUCGAUGAUAAUGAGGAUGAGCCUAAGGUUGCUGUGGUUGAGUCGAGGGAAAUUCUCGAGAAAGAGAUUUCCUCAGAAGUGUAUGCAGGUUUGGAUUUGCUGGCGGGGGAAUUUGAGCUAGUUGUCACUGUUCAACCAACUCAAACCCUUUCUGGUGAUGGCAAUGAUGCUCAAGAAAGUUCAGUGACAGCAGGAGAGGACAUGGAUUCAGAUUACAACCAAGCGUCUGAAGAAGUACUCCAAAUGCGAAGUGAUGAAAUCGAAGCAGAUGUCUCUAUAGGAACUGAAAUUCCUGAUCAGGAACAAAUUGAUGAUAUUCAUUAUGCUGAAGAAGUUUCUCCUUCAUAUUCAUGCAUACAAGAAGACCCUUCAACUAGCAAUGCCGAUUAUCAUGCAUAUGAAGAUCAUGGUUCUAAGCAAGCUGAGGAAGAUGGAUUAGAAUUUAGGACCCUAACUGUGGAGACUGGCGAGCUCUCAUUGCAUUCAGAUAGCAAUGAGCUUGAGGAAGAUAAAAUGCCCGAUACACCAACUUCUAUCGAUAGUCUUCAUCACCUGCACAAGAAACUGCUACUGCUUGAAAGAAGAGAAUCUGGCACGGAAGAGUCUUUGGACGGAAGUAUCAUUAGUGACAUAGAAGCAGGUGAUGGAGUUUUGACUAUGGAAAAGUUGAAAUCAGCUCUGAGAGCUGAAAGGAAGAAUUUAAGUGCUUUAUAUGCCGAACUAGAAGAAGAAAGAAAUGCCUCCGCAGAGGCAGCCAGCCAGACAAUGGCAAUGAUAAAUAGACUUCAAGAAGAGAAGGCUGCAAUGCAGAUGGAAGCUUUGCAGUAUCAGAGAAUGAUGGAAGAGCAAUCAGAGUAUGACCAGGAAGCUUUGCAGCUUCUGAAUGAACUUAUGGUAAAGAGAGAAAAAGAAAAGGUGGAGCUCGAAAAAGAGCUGGAAGUGUAUCGCAAGAAGGUACUGGAUUAUGAGAUGAAAGAGAAAUUGAUGAUGUUGAAGAGGAGAAAAGAUAGUAGCACAAGAAGUGGAACUGCUUCACCUUCUUGCAGCAAUGCAGAGGAUAGUGAUGGACUCUCUGUUGACUUCAAUCAUGAAGGGAAAGAAGUAGUUGAAACCUUCGAUAACCAUCUAGAAAGUAGUAACCAGAACACCCCGGUCGAUGCAGUUCUAUAUUUGGAGGAGUCAUUGGCUAAUUUUGAGGAGGAGAGGCUAUCAAUUCUAGAGCAACUCAAGCUUUUGGAGGAGAAGCUUUUUAUGCUGAGUGAUGAAGAGGAGCAGCAUUUCGAGGACAUAAAACCAAUUGAGCAUCUACAUCAAGAGAAUGGCAAUGGCUACAAUGGGAUUUGCGAUUACAGCAGUGAAUCAAAUGGAGUUGCAAAUGGUCACUACAAGGAAAUGAAUGGAAAGCAUCAUCAAGAAAGAAGAAACAUUGGUGCAAAGGCAAAGAGACUCCUCCCACUUUUUGAUGCCAUUGACACAGAAAGUGAACAUGAGAUGCUAAAUGGGCACUCAGAGGGGUUUGAUUCUGUUGCAUUGCAAAAAUCAGUUAACAAAUUUGACAUGGAUAGCAAGAAGCUUGCUGUUGAGGAGGAGGUGGAUCAUGUCUAUGACAGGCUACAAGCGCUUGAAGCAGAUAGAGAGUUUCUUAAGCAUUGCAUGACGUCCUUGAGGAAAGGAGAUAAAGGGAUAGAGCUGCUUCAAGAGAUUCUACAUCAUCUUCGAGAUCUAAGAAAUGUGGAACAACGUGUAAGGAACUUGGAAGAUGGUGCUCUGUAG